ACCGACGGUUUGCUAACCCAUCUCAGUUUUCCCGCCAAAAAAAGAAGGCGAAAGCUAGGGCUCGUCUAGUCGCUCACACCAUUUGCGCAGCACUGCAGCAGUCCGUUCUCUUCAAACGCACUCAAAAGAGUAAAACUUUGUAUCGUCACUUUAAAUAAAAAAAAUGGCCAGCCCGUCCGAUCCACAGGCAUCUGCCAUUUCAGCUGCUGAGGUUCAGUAAAUUUGGAGUUUCUCGCGGAGGAUGAGAUGGUCGAAAUUGUGCCCAACAUGAGAAUGGAACCCCUAAAUUUGAUCUGCGGAGAUUUUGGCCCUUUUCGCCCCCAAAUAGCCAUACAGGUUCCUCUGUGGCUGGCAGUGGCCCUGAAGAAGAGAGGGAAAUGCACUAUCAGACCUCCUGAAUGGAUGUCAGUUGAGAAGUUAACUCAGGUCUUGGAAGCAGAAAGGGAUUCUGAAGGGUUCCAGUCAUUACCAUUUCAUUAUGUUGAAAUCUCGAGGAUUCUAUUUGAUCAUGCCCGCGAGGACAUACCAGAUAUCUAUAUGGUGAGGUCUCUAAUUGAGGAUAUCAAGGAUGUAAGAUUCCACAAGAUUGGGACUGGGUUGGAGAUUAUAUCCAAGGAGCGCACUUCUGCAUUGAGGCUUAAAAAUCUAUCGGCAAUGGAAGCAAAUGUAGUGCGCCCAUUUGUUACAACAGCAUUGCAGACAUUCUAUAAGCUAAGCAGUCCAGAGUUGAUAUCGGAAUCAAAUGGUGUGCCCAGCAGACAGCGCCGGCCAAUCAAUGCACCAACUAGGGUUACUAAACCUAGAUGAUGCAUUCCAACGUGAUAUCCAAAUCAUCAUGUUCUUGCCAACCUCUUCUGCACUGUUGAUAAAAGCCAGCAAGAAAAGUAAUGCUAUCAUGUAUUCAUGUGAGUUUGUUUGCAGCAUCCAUUUAUUUUCCUACUUUUGUAUUAUGUUUUAGAUUCUGGUAGUGAAGAAAUUUAAUACUAUGAAACUGAUGCGACAUUAUGACACUUAGAUUAAUUCUAUUUAACUUAUAUUGCAGAUAGCUUUAUAUUUUUUA